AUUUUCACCUAUUCAACAACUAUUAUUUAAAAAGUCAAAGUAGGUAAAUGAAUUUUAUUUAAACACCCUGUUGUGCUUUAAAAUCAAAUAGCAUCAAUAACUAUAAGAAAAACUCAUCUUGUGGCAACAUUAGUUUACAACGGGUAUUGUUUCAUUUCCUAUGGCCGACGAUUUAUUCCAGCUAGUUUAUUUCAAACACAAACUGAGAAAUACAUUAUAAAUUGUCAUCAUGUUUAUGUUUUUUUGCAAUAAAUGCUUUUUGCCAAAGAAUGUGGAAAAUACAAACAAAUACUAUUUUUCAAAUUGCGGUCACGUUUUUUGUCAGUCUUGCACGCCAACGGGGCUAUGCUACAUAUGCAAGACACCCUACGCAGCCAGGACAAUCGACGCCAAUAUGACCAAAUCUAUGGCCGUAUAUUUUGAGUCGCCGGUAAAUGCAUUUCGUCGAUUUCAAAAAAUCGUUCAAUUUCAAACCAUGCAGGAUGCGUUAAACGCACAUUACUACGUCAAUUGCUUGCCGCAACAGAUCCAAGCUGCGCUAAAGAAACUUAAUGGUAUGAAGCGAAUCGAUGCACAUUUGGAUGAGAAAUUAGCACAUGAAACCACACGUAUUGAGAAACUGAAAGCAUAUUUAGCUUAUAAAAAGCGAAGCUUACAGGAGCGCCACCAAAGGCAUCAACGUCCGGCACGCGGCCGCUCCGCAACGUCGACCGCAUACAGCAGUGGUCAAAAUUCACGCCCCAAGACUCCAACCAUAAGCACCCUAUCGGACGUAACAAUGUCCAGCGUCGAUUGCACCAAAAGUACAAAUUUAAGCAAUCAAAGUGACUCAUUCUUAGAUCAUGUGCGAAAUGAUUUUACUAUAUAAGAUUUGAAAUUAAAUUACUGAAUGUUAAUAAAUUUAAAUAAGAAAAAAUGCAAAGUAUAUUUAACUUGCUGUAUGAAUAUGUGAAUUUGAGUGAAAGCUUAAUUUAAUUAAAUUUUGAGUGGUUGUUUGUACGAAGGUAUAUAUAUAAUUAAGCUUAGGGUUAAAUUGGAACCCAAACUUACUUAAAUUAAUUUUUUUUAUUAUGAUUAUGUGUGGUUUUUUGAAUAUAUUUAGCUAAUCGCUAUAGUGUAAGUACAAACAAAAUACGGAAUGAACAUUCAAUAACUUCUGUUUUAGAUUAUUCGGUUAUGCAAGAAUUUUGCAAACUAAUUUGUAAACAUAAAGUAACACGUGAACAGCUCUCCAAUAUGUGAGUUUGUAUGUACUCAACGCCUCGGAUACAGCGACUACUAAUAAAAGUUAAUCAAUGUGUUGGGUGUAUAAUCUCGUGUAUGACAGAGUUAAACAAUAAAAACGUGUUCAAAUUGUUUUUUU